AUGUCAAGACCUCCAAUCUUUAUCAAGGAUUUGGUGAAAGGUAAUCAAGUUUGGAAAAUGCACGUACGCGUUGUUGAUCUUUGGGUUGUUAAGGAGAAAAGUGGCCAACAACAUCUCGAGUUGGUCAUACAAGAUGGAAAGGGUGAUCAAAUUCAUGUUGUGACGAGGAACCAAGAUUUCAAGGAGUGGGUUGAGCAACUUAAGGAACAUGACACUUACGCCGUUUAUAAUGGAGAACUGGUGGUUAAUGAUGGCUCAUUCAAAGUUUGUUCCAAUAGUCUUAAACUUGUCUUUAAUGGAGGAACAACAAUUUCAAACAUUGUCAUGCCGGAAAUACCUCUGCAUCAGUUCAAAUUCAAAACUAUUGGAGACUUUCUCAAUGGACUUUUCCAAAUUGAUAUGUUAUAUGAUGUGAUCGGAAUUUUACAAGAUGUUGUGAAAACUCAAAUGGGUGGUGGUGGUAAGAAACCAUGCGCCAAUAUCAUCCUGCGUGAGGAACCUAGUAAUGUCAUUGAGGUUGCAUUAUGGGAUGAUUAUGGUAAACAAUUUAUGAACUACAAUAACUCUAACAAGAAUGAUGGUCCAACAAUACUUAUUUUGACACAUGCUUGGUGUAAGAAAAAUUCAGCUUCUACACCCCCAAGCUUUCAAAUGCUUGGAAUGGCUCUAGACUUCACAUUAACCUAG